AUGUUUUUUAAAAUAGGUGUGUUACCGUCAGAAUUUUUCUGUUAUAUUAACUGUGCAGGUUUUGUACAUACCGCAUACACAUUUGCCAAUGAAUCGCGAGUUCUUGAGUCAGGAGCUGCUGGUAACGAUGUACCCAUGGGUGCACUUAUUAACAUUAUACAGAAAGGUAUUUAUUAUACUGAGGCUGAAGCAUGUGCUGUGGCAAAUACGAGUACCCCUGGUGAUUCUAGGUCAGGAAAAUCGACAGUAGAAAAUUUGUCGUUGCUUGAAGCAGUUUUGAACGAAGUACCCAGUGGUAAGGUUAAGGAGAGGCAACAAGACAAGCUGGUGAUGGUCAAUGCAGCAGCAAAGAAUGAUAAGCAACAACAGCAGCAGCAACAGCAACAGCAACAAAUAAGAGAUAGAGAAAUGCGUGAGGUACAUGCUGAAAGGCAAAACUAUUCGGCAAAAGGGAAGGACCUAAAGAGUUUCGUGGAUAUAUUUUUUCAGACAAUACCUUCCACAUCCUCGCAAACAGUACCUCCCACAAACAUUGGUCAGUCUUCUGUAACGGUUGGUGGUGGUUGUAGUAGUAGCAGCAGUAGCAUUUCAAAUCAAAAUCCUGUUGGGUUGGCAACAACCAGUGCAACUCCUUUACUACCCAACAAUCAUCAGCAGUUCCAUCCUGCAACUGUUAGCAUCACCGGGCAGUCUGCGUAUCAUGGGAAGCAGUUCCUUCAGGACCGAGAGAGGGAAUCUCGAGAACGUUCUCAAAACGGUAUUAUGGGCAAAGUCAAAGUUGCUGCUGCUGAGCUUCGUGCUGCCCAGGCGAACAACGGGUUUGUUCUUGAAUCUUUAUCAAAUUUAUAUGUUUCUGAAUUCUGCUGUUUAGCGGAUUACAUACUUAACGACUUCAAUGGAACACCAAUGGAUACUGAUGGUUUAACACCACAUGUGAACAAUGGUAAUGGUAUUCUUUCAAGUGCGCAGCUAGAAAAUCGACCGUAUGAAAUUAGCAGGGAUAAGGUACGGUAUCUGAAGGGACACGAUAGCGAGGUAUUUAUUUGUACGUGGAAUCCAAAAAAUGAUCUCAUAGCUUCUGGGUCCGGUGAUAGUACAGCGCGUAUAUGGAAUGUACAUGGUUCAGAGCUAGCUACAACAUCAUCACAAUUUCUCCAUGAUAAUUCACUAGUGCUCAAGCAUUGUAUGCAGAAAGAUGACAAAAAUCCUCCUGCAAAUAAAGAUGUUACUUCUCUUGAUUGGAAUUGUACGGGUGACUUACUUGCUACGGGAUGUUAUGACGGUUAUGCUCGAGUAUGGGCUACAGAUGGAAGAUUGCGUUAUACCUUGGGAGCCCACAAAGGUCCAAUUUUUGCACUUAAAUGGAACCAAAGAGGCGACAAGAUUUUAAGUGCGGGAGUUGAUAAGACCACGAUUGUUUGGGAUCCGUUAAAGGGCAUACAAGUCCAAGUGUUUCAGUUUCACAGUAGUUCAGCAUUAGAUGUUGAUUGGAUGUCAGAUGAUACAUUCGCAUCGUGCAGUACAGACAUGUGUAUUCAUGUAUGUAAAUUGGGUUGUGAAAAGCCCUUAAAAACCUUUCAGGGUCACACUAAUGAAGUUAACGCUGUGAAAUAUGAUGUCUAUUCCCGACUUUUGGCAUCAUGCUCCGAUGACAUGACAUUGAAGGUUUGGUCAAUGAAUUACGAAAAUGUGGUGCAUAACUUGAAAGCACACGAUAAAGAAAUCUAUACAAUACGAUGGUCUCCAGUUGGCUAUACUCUUGCAAGUGCAUCUUUUGACCAUACAGUUCGUCUGUGGGAUAUUGAACGUGGCAUGUGUGUUCGCACUCUAACUAAACAUACAGAGCCUGUUUAUUCAGUUGGUUUUUCACCGGAUGGAAAAUACAUUGCAUCGGGAUCAUUUGAUCGAUCAGUUUAUAUUUGGGAUGUACAGUCUGGAAAAGUAAUUCAAAGCCAUACGGGGAAUAUGAGUGAUGGUGGAAUUUUCGAAGUGGGUUGGAAUUUCCGUGGUGAUAAAGUUGGUGCAUCAGCAAGUGACGGCACAGUGAGAAUUUUAGACGAUCUUACAUGCAAGACAUUUUGGAAUUUCGUUUCUGGAUCUGCUGUGCAGAAGUACAGAAGUACAGAAGUACAGAACAACUGA